AUGACCUUAAAGACCCUGGAAGAAGACUUUUAUGGACCUAGCCUAGAAGAAUAUUUCAUCAAUCCCUCGGAGAUUAAUGAUUGCUGCUCUGGCAAGAUAGUUGAUGAGAUAUAUGACAAAUAUCUCUCCAAUAUCUCCGAGCUAUGCGAUUGCAGCCAAUUACGCUCCCGUAAGAGAGAUGACGGAUAUAUUUCCGAUGACGAAGAUAUCUACAUUGCUGAGAGGACCACCGUCGUCUUUUGGGACUUGGUGACCUACCCAAUCCCAAUCCCGGACAAUCUUCAACCUUAUGGAGAAACUAUCAGAUCAGCUCUUAAACAAAUGGGCACUCAUGGUGCUGUGUAUAUAAUGGCGUAUGGUGAGAACCUGAGCCACCUCGAAGAUGAACUGAACAAAGCCGGAAUCGUAUACGCACCAGAAGGGCAUCGCGAGAUGGUUCUGGACGUUGUUGCUUUCGCAAAUAGUACCAAUGGAGAUUUAAUGGUAAUCCCAAAGCCAGACCCAGAUAGUGAGUUCCACAGGGUUCUCAAGUGUUUGGAAUCGAGGCAUCACGGUCUUUUCUUAGUAGAGCCGCCUGAUGAUGAGGACAGCGCACAUGGUCUAUGCCUUGAUUCUGUACAGUCAAUAGUUGACUGUACACAAGGUUUAAACGGACGAAAGCCUGUCAUCAGAGCGAUGAGGAUAGAUUAUAGUUAUACACUUGGUGAUGAUUUUAUGGAAGAUUUCUCAAAGCGAAUCAGAUUCGUGAAAGGGGCCAAGGCAGGCGUGUUCUGGGACGCGGAGGAUUUCCCUUUCCCUGAUGGUUGGAGUCCUGAUGAUAUCUAUAAGAAGAUCGAAUUAGCAUUUCGUGCUGAUGGUGUUGAGGGUAAGAUUUCAGUCUGGGCCUAUGUUGGUGACCGAUAUGGGGAUUUUCUGAGGAGGAAGAAGAAGACUUGGGAAUCAAGUAUCUACUUCCUUCCCGCGACAAGUGAUAGAAUGUUACAUGACAUCAAUUUAUGGGCAAUGGACUCUCAUGUGGACUAUCCUGAUCCAGCAUAUGUGAUCCUAGUAUCGGGGAAAGUCGGACGUGACCGGGCCUUCACCAGAAGUCUUCAAGCUUUGGAUAUCCGUAAUUACAGUGUUUCCUUGAUAACUCCCCCUAAGAUCGCCGUUCAGUCCAGCUGA